AUGCACGUAGGUGGACUGGCUCACACGUGGGAGGCACUGAAUCUCCCAGAAGACUUAUUUGCGAGUGUAAUGAAUAUUGGACGUUUUACUGAAGAAAUUGAGUGGCUGAAGUUUUUAGCCCUGGCAUGUAAACUGAUUGGAGUUGUACUGUCUUCUGGAAGGCUAACAGGAGCAGCUAAAUUAACAAAUGGAAGAAAACAGUUUCGCUUAAGAAAAGGAUGUCAUUCUGAUGUGGAGUCUGGAUACUCUCUCUGUUCCACUGACUCUGAUGAUCAGGUCGAUACUAUUCAUAAUGGACUUGACCGUUGUGCAGCUUUACUGAAGAAUAUCUUACAAAAUGAGGCUACAGGAAGGGAGACUAUAUAUAAACAACCUGGGAAAACAACUUCUGUUAAAAUUACUUCCAAGCCUUUGCUAACCAAAGGAAAUAUUUCCAAGAAGAAAGGGUUGAAAAAAAACAUUACUCCUGCCCACGUCCGAAAAGAAAUUGUGCCAAUAUCAAAUAGAAAACUUGUCUCAUCCACCACACCUUCUGCUGAGAAAGAACUUUCCAGUGCAGCACAGAAUCAGAUGGUUCAACCAAUUCACGUGCCUUGCAGUCAACACUCUCCUGUGAUGCAUCAGAAACUGUGCGAGCAUGUGCAAACUCAGAUGUCUCUGAUAACGGGCCCGCCACCACCGAACAGUAAUGAAAUUCCUACUGUAACUCCUUUUCCUACCUUAAAUCACGGAUGUCAAAAUGUUACAGCUUUUAAUUAUCGAUUACCUACCUCCACAUCAGCUCUGUCCUUGCAGCAUUCAGCUAAUCCCUUGUCUACUCAGUCAGAUGUUCCUGUAGACAGUGGCAAUGAAUGCGUGCCAGAGAUGGGAGGACCUGUGGUUUGCCCGGUAGUUUCUGCUGCUCCUGCUACUGCUGCGCAAAUACAGUCUGCCACUGCUCUUCCUAGUGUGAUCCCUUGUAUAGCAUCAGGUGCAUCAAGUAACUCUACAGUGCCUGCAUUCAUCCCAUCAUCUUCUGGCAGAGAGAUGACCCCAAACCACGAGCAACAGAUAAAAGAAGCAGAUUUGAUAAGAUGCAUACAAGCUCACCUGGCCCUGUUACAAUCACAUGAAAUGAUGAAUGGCAGGACUGAACAGAAGUGCCAUCAUCAUUGUCCAGCAAAACAUAAUGCUUCAAGUAACAAGGAGGAGGAUACUUCUGAAGAACACAGUGAGGACAUCAUCAACGAAGAAGAUGAAUUGAAUGUGCUUGAUAUAGCCCCAGUGAGAGAUACAACCUGUAAGACAAGUUUUGUGAAGAAAGUUCUAAAAUCUAGAAAAGAAAGUCCAGAAGAAACGGCCCAUAAAGUUAAGACUGUAAAAUAUCUUCUGGGAGAGCUCAGAGCACUGAUAACAGAUCAAGAUGAUUCAGAAAUGUUAAGGUUGAUGAGUGAAAUCGAAGACUACAUAUCAUUGCUCCCAGCUGUAGUGGGAAGUACGAAUAUACAAGCUGAAAUAGCACUAGCUUUACAGCCUCUCAGAAGUGAAAAUGCCCAGUUGCGUAGGAGACUAAGAAUAUUAAACCAGCAACUCAGAGAACAAGAAAGAAGUGAGAAGACAUCUGGACAGAGCUGCAACUAUGAAUUAGUUUCUUUGCAGUCCUUGAAUGUGAUGCUCCAGAGUCAAUUGAAAGAAUCACUGAAAGGCCUUGAGUCACUGCAGGCUAAAAAUGAAGAACUAAUUAAAAUAAUAGAAAGUCAGAAAGAAGAGAAUAAACGUCUUGCAAAAGAUAUUCAAGAUAAAGAAGAAGAAUUGCUGGAAAACAAACAGCAUUAUGACAUUCAUUCCACCAAGCUCAAGAUUGAAGUGGAAGAGGCAUUAGCAAACGUGAAGAGCCUUCAGUUUAAGCUGGAAGCUUCAGAGAAAGAAAAUAAGAUUUUGGGCAUAACGUUACGUCAGCGUGAUGCAGAAGUUAACAGACUGCGUGAAUUAACCAGAACCUUGCAGGGCAGUAUGGCCAAGCUUCUGUCUGACCUCACAGUAGACAACAUUAGACCCAAAUCUGAAAAAGGUCUUUCGAAGUCUCUUUUGGAAGACCAUGAAAAGCAGAUGCAACCUGAUCCGUUUCCUGGGAGUACUUCAGUAAUGACUUACCUUAAAAAAUUAGAAGUGGAUCAUAUUUUGACAGAUACAGAACUUCAAUUCUCAAAUAAAAGUGGAGAAUUAGAAAUGCAAAAUCUAGCCUAUGAAAAGUUUGCUGCUGAAGGAAGUAAAAUAAACAGUACAUUCUCAGAAGAAGGAACAUCGGCUCCCAGACUACUACUAACCUCGCUGAAGCAAGAUGCAGAAAUAGUUAGUGAUUCUGGGACUUUACUAGAUGACCAAAACAAGUUGGAUGAGACUGUUUAUAUUCCAUUGACUAGCAAUGCCUAAAAACAGCAGCCAAUCUCUGAAAGAACUGGUGUGCUACCCCAAAGUAGAGGGGCUUGUAAGAUGUUGGACUACCACUGUGAGCUCUCAAACUCUGUGCAGCAGAAUGGAUGUGAGAUAUCAAAGGAUCCAACUAUUCUGGAUAAAUUAAGUGCUAGGUACAGUGUGGAAAAGACUAUGGAAAACACGCCUGAAGUUACAGGGGAUAAAGUGAAGCCAGAAGGAGACAAAGUCCAAAUGAGGCCAAAAGGCACUCCAAGUGGAGCUACAAAAGACUUCACAGAUAAACCAGACCAACCUCAGCCUGGUGCAUACCCUCGCGUACUGAUGCUAUUUCCAAAAGAGAUUUCUCGGAAAAAAGGCAGUGAAAUAGCUGAUUUUAGUUCCAUUUCAUUUGAUGAUAUAUCAGGGAAGUCUGAGUGGAGUGCAUCCUCUUUCUCAACAUUUACUUCUCGAGAUGAAGAGGACUUUAAGAAUAGCUUAGCAGCCUUGGAUGCCAACAUAGCUAGGUUACAAAGAACUCUGCAAAAUAGCAUUAUGAAACAAUGAGUAUGAGGAAACAAAAUGGGGUGCACUUGUUUGGAUUAUUUAGGUUUUUCUGAAGUAUAUUAAUAAGUAUGGUACUGAUACAAAUAUUUGUAUUUUUUGGUAUGAAAUUACUUGUUCCUAGCUGUUUAAAUUACAGAUGGGAUUUGUUCCUCAUUAAGCUCUGGCGCUGCUUCCCUUGAUGUGUACAACUUGAAAUAACUGGUAUAAGUGCUUUUUUUUAAAUCAUGACUUAGGUUUAUACUCUUUAAUUGCAAAAUUAAUUCUUAGAACAGCAGCUGAUAACUGUUUAAGAAACUGAUGUGCUGUUGGCAAUACAGUUUUUCUAUUAAAUGAUAAAGUACA